AUGCGCUCUUCCAUUCAGUCUGGCCUUCUCUUGGCCACCCUCGUGGCUCCUGUAGUGUCGGCGGAGCGAAUCCUCGGCAACACCCAGUUGACCGACCUGGGUUAUCGUGAAGUCUUUGAUGCCGGUUCGUUCUACCACAACCGAUACGUGGACUCGGACUCGGACAAGCACAUUGAGCGUCUGAACGACACUUAUGCGAUAGCCAAACAAAUCAAUGCCAGCGCCCCAGCUGAUGCGGUACUGCAGAACUCGGCCACUGGUUUCCUCCAGGGUGUCUACCCCCCCCGGGGUUACCAAUUGAUUCAGCUCUCCAGCGUUGCCUCUGGAAAAAAUAGCGAGGACUCGAGCUGGUUACAGGGCUCCAGCGGUUGCAACAAGGCGACACUUAGCAGCGAUGCGUACUACGCAUCCGACUCAUACAAUGACCUGCUGAAGUCAACCCAGGGUUUCUACCAGUCCUUGACCCCUAUGCUUAACUCGACCUUCAGCUCAUCUGAUAUCAGCUUCAAGAAUGCCUACACCAUAUUCGACUACCUGAAUGUGGGCUACAUCCACAACUCCUCUGCCGAGUUCCCCCAUGAGGCAGAUUACACUGCUGAAGUGCGUCAGCAGUUGAUCUCUCUCGCUGGCACGCAUGAGUUCAACCUGGCUUACAAUGAGUCAGACCCGGUGCGUGCCAUUGACGGUGCAGUCUGGAUCGGCCAGAUGCUGUCUAGUUUCAACGAGAUCAUUGAAUCCAAGGGCACCAAGUCUAUGCUGAAUGUGCAGUUUGGCUCGUAUGGCACCUUCAUGUCCUUUUGGGGCUUGACGCAGAUGCCAGCUGCCUCUGUCAACUUCACUGGAAUUCCGGAUUACGCCUCUUCCAUGUCCCUUGAGCUGGUGACCAACGCAACCGGUACCGAUUUCCCUUCAGAGGAUGAGAUCAGUGUGCGCUUUAUGUUCCACAAUGGCACCAUGACCGGCUCGGAUGAACCCACCGUCUUCCCCAUGUUUGGACAAUCUGAGACUGUCCUUCCUUGGUCCGAUUUCUCUUCCCAGGCUAGCAAGGUCGGCGUCACCUCAAACGGUCAAUGGUGCGCCAUGUGCGGCAACACUGAUGGCAAGUGCGCUUCUUUCGCCUCCAGCUCGGGCUCUGGAUCUGCGAGCGCUUCCCACACAGCCGGCUCGGGCGGUAUGUCUCGUGCUGUGGCCGGUGUUAUCGGAGCCAUGGUGACUCUGGCGGUGGUCCUGGGCUUGGAGGCUCUGUUCUUCCUGGUCGGUGGAUUCCGCAUUGCCAAGCGUAACAAGGGUGGUCCUGGCAUGGGCGCGGCUGCCGAGGUGGCGGACGACAAGUCAUUAAAUUGA